UCUAUACGUUUUUACGUCAACGUAACGGAUCUAUGACAAAAGCGAGCCGUGAGCUAGUGGUCCCCGAAACAUGUCUCUUGUCCCCUGGGUUGACAUGCUGAACAUGACCGGGGAGGGGAAUCUCCCUGCCGCCUAAAUCAGCGAUUUACCUUUCUGCAGCGAGCCAACUGGAGCGUUAAAACAAACAGAGGCAAUCGGGCUCUUUAUUUAUUCAAGAGAAGAUGGCGGAGUUUUCGCCCGUCCUGCCGAUGCGGGAUGGAGGAGGACGAUUUGGCCAGCCCAUCUUCCCUCGGUCCAGGUCCGGUUCCGAGUCAGAGAGCGAACUGUCCCAGAGCCUGGCCCGGACCAAGAUCCGCUCGUACGGAAGCACAGCUAGCGUCACGACCUCUCUGGGGGAGAAAUACAUAGAGCAUCGGGUUACAGACACUGAUACCCUGCAAGGGAUUGCUCUCAAAUACGGUGUUACGAUGGAGCAAGUCAAGAGAGCCAAUAAGCUGUUCAGCAAUGACUGCAUUUUUCUGAGGAACAGCCUCAACAUCCCCGUGGUGUCGGAGAAGCGCUAUAUAUUUAAUGGAUUGUCUCUGGAGUCUCCUGAUGGGGACGGUGAAGCAGCAUGCCAGGAGGCAGAUACACCCUGUAUUAUAACGCAGGAUAUCGAGGGACCCUCGCCUCCCCCUUCCCUGCCUCCUGCGGACUCCAAACCCCCCCAGUCAGAGGAGCUGUCAGCCAAAGACUUCUUACACAGACUGGACUUGCAAAUUAAACAGUCAAAGCAGGCAGCACGCAGGCUGAAAGAAGAGGAAGUAAGGAGCAAUGAGGAAGACUACACGGCCCCAACAACGUCAUACCAGGAGAUUUAAAGGACCAGUCUGUUUACCUGAAGCCCUGUCUCAGACGCACACACGUACAUGCUCACACACGCAAACUACCACAACCUCAUUGCUUUUUCCACCCUCUUUACCUUUUUGCUUUUACCAAACCAUGUUGAACAGAAGUGUCAUGUCUGCCUUUUAUUUAUUGAUAUGGAAUUAUGAUGCUGUAUAUGAUUGUUAUUGUUUUGUACAGUUUUACUGGGAGACUUAACAGAGUGCAGAGGAGCAUCUGAUAUACAGUAAAUAGCAUCAGAUCACACGUGCCCAUCCACUCAUCAUAUGCUUCUGAAGCUGCUGUACAGAGCCCACCUGCUGCAUAUGUACACACACACACAGAGCGCUAAGCAAUUUCAGAAGGAUUAGCUUGUUAGACUUGCUAACCGCUUCUGAUGUUCUAAAUCCCCUCCUAGAAUAGUAUCAUUGGAAAGUACAUUCAGGCCUUCCUCAUCAGUGUUUACCCUGUAUGGGCUCACCCCAAACAGAAGCAGUGGAUGGACUCAAGCCUUUGAACACGUUCCAUUUGGGACUGCUCUAUUUUUGAGGUGUGAAUGCAUUAUUUCCGUGUGUUUUUAUUGUGCUUUAAAAUUCUAUUGGUUUUAUUUGGGAAUAUGAGAAUAAAUAUGUAUUUAAACCAGA